ACGUGUGUCGCGCGAAUUUAAACAUUUUUUCAACACUCAAAGAAUACAGAAGUCACCGAAUGGUAAGCAUUGUGGGAAUUUUAUAGCUGAGGCUGCUGUAAUGUGGGAGUUGUGAAAAUUAUAGAUUCCUGAAGAAGAUUGUUGAUACAAGAAGUGCUAUGUCUAGAGACAUAGGGCGCCGUCAAGAUGUUUUAUUGACGACGCGCUCUUCCAUUUAAAAACAGCCUUAUCUUUGGGAGAAUACCUCACCUGUCUUUCAGUCGAAUGAAAGACUGGUCGUGAUGUUAGUUGCCCGUUGAGGUAUAGACUCACAGUUAUUCUUACCACCCAGAAAUGUCCAUGGACAGGUUGACAGGCCAAGUCCAAUAUUGCUCUGAUGUGUGUGGCUAGCCCAGAAUGACUACGAUCGCAGGGGCUCGCAGAGUCAUGGAUUGGUCCCAUUCAUCUCUGAAGGAAUCAUCGUAAAAUUUCUGAAACCAGGAAUCAACCAAGGUGCAAGUUCAGUCCCUGGCUUGGACAGGGAAAUUGUGGCCUCCCAUCACUGUCAUUGUUUGAGGAGCCUCUGGAACAUCUGUACAGGAAUGCAGGGUUUUCAUUUAGAAUUGGAGAAGAGGUCAGAGUUCAAAAGUAGGCAGCGGAAUUGAAACUGGAGUCUGACCAGGCGUGAGAUAUUGGGUCGGGACCCCCAAACGAACGUGUACGUGUACCUAAAUUGACGUCCCCCCUACACGACUGUGCCAAAGCCUUCGGCCUUCCCUAUACAAUACUACUAUGGCAUUAGGCAGGAUUAGAGGUAUGCAAGCAAAACAGAGCUGGGCAUCUUAAUGGGUGAGUACAAGCUCGUUGAUUGUGAGCCCAUUAUCGCAGACUGCUGUGUAAGGAAUUUUGAUACUCGCCGGCUGCAUUAAGAGGAGGAAUUAGUGCAGUACGUGGGGGAAUGAAACACGGUGACAACAACAACACCACCGGCAUUGACCAGGCUAAUUGGUCGGCACGGUGACUGGUGUGAGCCACUGUGCAUGUCUGCGGGGAGAGCUGGCUCAGGUUACAGAUUGGCCAGGGUGUGUGGAUCCACACACGCCGUGAAAUCGUGACAGUACAGUGAUGUCCAAACCGCACAUGCUAACACCUCAGUCUCAGAGACAGCACAGUGACGUCGCCUUGACUCGCGGAAAUGACCACCUAGUGAGACAGGUACACGUUUUUUUACAGCGGACCUGGAGUGUGAUGUGUGCAUAGUAUGCUUGUCCUAGAGCUGACAUCAGCAACGUAAAUGUUGUCCAUUGGAGGUGGCUACUGGGGGCGAUUGGUUGGUCAAUUGCCAUCAAACGGCGUAAGCGUCAAGGAUAUAUAAGAGAGACUAAGGACAUGGACUGACAUGCGGCAACAGAGAAUUACGCAGGACAGGGGAGCUACAUCAACAUAGUAACAGUUAACAUGAGUGUCAUUGUCUGAGAAGGAGAGAGCUUAAGGCUGACCUUCAGAAUUUAUCUGGAAGACUGAACUGUCGACAUUCCUGGACAUGUGGCUGACACUACUAUAAAUGGAUUGCUCACUGUAGUCUACAUGCACGUGGGUGAAAUUACUGGAUUAGUGAUUCAAUAGAUCAACAUGUCACUAUCACCGUGGGACCUGGGUGGGCUUGGGCUAAGUUUCGGGCUGUAUCGCCCGAGGAGACCAAGUUACACCAUUGCUACACAGACGUACAGGCAACGUAGCGAGAGCUAUCGCCAUGCAACACAUCGGGACAACUCUGCUUCGGAGUUUGGCCAGCGGGAGGUUAAUCCGCCGGAGGAUUUCAUUGAGGAUGUCAUUCAAAAACGGCGAAAGGAAAGUUAUGUAAGAGCGACACGACAAGCAGAAACCUUUGAGCUGACAGAUAUCGGCAUUCCGCCUGACGCGGACAAUUUUACACCGAUUCCAAAAGAGCUUUACGAAAACCAUGUGGAAGCUAUGGUGGGAACAAAAUCCAUGGCUAAUUCUAAUUCUUCGGUCUUCCAUGAACAGCCACCUCCACGGGCAACUGCUGAGUCCGAGGGGGAAGUACGGGUAAAAAAGUCGAAAAAAUCCUGGAAAUAUCGCAAAAAUCUCCUACUGCUUUGUGUGAGUUUCAUUUUGACGUUUUCAGCCUUUCGUGCCAUUCAGAAUUUGCAGACCUCUCUGAACAGUAAGGAUAAGCUAGGCUUGAUAUCCGUGAGCUGCAUCCAUGGGACAAUGGUGCUCACAGCUGUGUUCGUCCCUUCUGUGAUUAAUAAACUACGUGCAAAGGUAUCUCUAUCCCUAGGCAUGUUCUUCUACUUGACGUGGAUUGCAGCAAAUUUCUACCCCCGCUUUUAUACCCUAAUUCCCACGGCUGUGCUGGCAGGAUUUGGCCAGGGUAUACUCUGGACCGGUGAGAUCAGUUACAUUAUUAAACUUGCCUUUGACUCAUCCAAGUGGUCCAUGCGCUUAGACUCUGAGCAUGAAGUGUUUCGUUUUCACGGCAUUUUCGUGGCUUGUUUUCAGACGACGCACAUGUGGGGUAACCUUAUUUCUAGCCUCAUUUUAAACAGUGAUUCCAAGGAUGAGAGCAUGGGGAAUUUUACAGAGUUACUGUUGGAAAGUUUAGGACCCGUUCAGUGUGGCGUUCUGCACCAUUGUGAGGAGACAGCAGAUAUGUUAGCCAACAUCUUUAAUUCAGGAGGUAAGCAUGGCAGGAUGUUCAUGUGUUGUAGUGUGGUUGAUGGUGAAGGUGCUAUAGUGUUACCCAGUCAACCCCCUACAGAAGAGGUGUACAAAGAGCUGUGGCAGCUAAUGAGUGCCUACCUGAUUCUGGCAGGUGUAGGCUUCCUGCUCAUCCUCUUGUGUCUGGAUGGUAUCGGGGCACAGGUGGACCCUAACAAGCCCUGUUCACAGCUGGUUGUUCAACAUUUUACCUUCAUGUUCACACACAAGACGUACAGACUCCUGGUGCCAAUGAUAAUCUUCAGCGGUCUCCAGCAAGGCUUCAUAUUUGCCGAUUUCAACAAGGCGUACGUGACUUGCACCCUGGGUAUCCAUUAUGUGGGCUACUGUAUGAUCACUCUAGGAGUGUUUAACAUUCUGAGCGCGGUGCUGAUCGCAAUCUGUGCGCGGGUAAUCCCGCGGGAGGUGGUACUGGGAUUUGGCGGGAUUACUCACAUCGGGCUUAUGAUUGGAUUCCUCGUGUGGCUGCCGGACUCCGGGCUGGUCAUGUUUUUGGUGUUGGCCGCCGCCUGGGGAGUUUGUGAUGCCGUCUGGCUUACGCAGUGCAACAGUUUAAUCUGUUUGACCUGCCCAGAAAAAACAGAUGUUGCGUUUGCCAACAGCCGACUUCUCCAAAGUUUUGGACUCUUCACUGCAUUUGUAUCUGGCACGUUCAUGUGUGUGGCAGGCAAACUCUACGUGCUCAUUGCUAUGCUUGUCCUUGCAAUUUUAUUCUACGUCAUGGCUGAGUACCGAAUGCGGCACGAGGACGAGAGUCCCAUCCAAGGGGAGGUAAAUCCAAGGCCGAUCACGUCAUAACACACAUGGUCGAUCUGUAGACAAGCUCAGUUACAUUGUGUUGCUCAUCUCUGAACAAAGUGAGAAGUAAAUGCACAUAAGCUGAAGAAGCACUGUAAACUGUCUGUCUGUCUGUCUGUCUGUCACCAAAAUAUCUUCAGGACCAAUUCAUGUACAUGUACCUUUAUAAAAGUUGGAAGUCCAUUGAAAAUAAAGUGGUGAGACAAAGUCUGGUUGACCUUUGACCUGCUUCCUCCAGUCCGAUUCCAAAUUUACUUUGCUACAUAUCCCCAAAGCUACAUGUAUAAUGCCCCGCAGCAUGCUUGAGUGUAGUGGAGAAAUGAUUGAAAUUUCUUGGAUGAAUUUGGUGGCUGAAAUCCACUGUGCAUGAUAUGACAUGAAAAGGAGUGAAAGGAAUUAAACAAUUAAGGCAAGUUGUCAUGGUUGUAGAUUGUGUCCAGAUGUCAUCCCUUAAAACUAGUGACUGAUGGUUUUAUGUUUACCUUUUUGCCAGAAUGAAUGCAUGUAGCCCAGUUUACAAAAUUCAUAACACAUUUUCAAUUGAACAUUUGCGAAAAUUCCCAUUCAUUUCCUGUGAUGAUUUUUUUUCUCGGUCUUGUAAGUUCUGUUUUAUGAAAGGCUUGUUAAAACACGUGUAUAUUUCUCACUGCAUCUCCAUUAAACACAAGGCCAUCCUUAAAAAAAUAUUUGUUUCACGUAAUCCAUCCAUGUUUAGAAAAUUAUGGUGGGUUAGUUUAGGGUUUCAAAGUUUUGCAUUCAAGGAAAUAAAAACAUUUCCUGAGGAAUAGCUCAGUAGACAUAUUUGGUGGCU